AUGUUUUCAAUGGCUUGUUUACAGCAAACGAAAGAGCAAUGCAUGCAAGUGACUUAAUUUCUGUCAUUUUGAAACAAACGGUAUUUGUACCUGAAUCAAGAUUGUAUUUGCUUUGCUCCUGUAUAUUAUAUUGUUUUUCCGCAAUCAGCCGUUUUACGUUUCUGAGGUGUAGGGAAAUUGCCAGAAGCAUUCAAUCAUCGUUGAAAUUGAAACAUUGCGUGGAUGUGUGUGGAGUUGUGAACACUGUAAACAGUGGAAAAUUGCGGAGCUCUGGUAAUAACUCUUUGUUUUCUGAGGAAAAGUGAGAAGUGAAGUAGUGUGGCAGCCUCAUUUUUUUUUCUAAUUUAUUACAGCAAGACUUCCGAAAGAUCUACAAAUCACUAAAAGGGAAUGAAACUAGCUUUUAAAGGCUUCAAGUUGGAUGACAGGUAAAGUAACAGCCAUAAUAUUAUAUUUAUCCAUGCGCAGUGUAUAUCUGACAUAGCUAAAAUCAAUGCCAUGUCAGUGUCAAUUUUGUAAAAGCUUGCACAAAGAAAAAAGCCAACUAGAACUUUAUUGUUAAAGCAUCUGCUGUAUGUAAUUGUAGGGUCUUAUAUAGGCAGGACUCCUAUUCGGAACCCAGAGUUUUCUUUUAGUCCCAGAAGGAUUACAUUGUUUACAAAAUGGUUUUUACUGAGCUUGUCAUAUGCAAUAUUUUCUCUUUUUCGUUGGGUUUAUUAAAUUGAAUUUUUCUUGCUUGUCAGCUGAUGCUAAUCAGGAAGCCACCAUGAGGGUAAUUGAGGCAGUGGUGGCCGAUCACAGUAGAUCCAAUAGGUUCCCUUGGUCAGCAGCUGAGAUGAAAGGUAACUGUGCCUAUAGUAGUCUGCUGCUGGGGUUGUUGAAAGCCUUUAGCACUAUCAAGCAAAUACAUACUUUAGAAUUAAAUGUCUCUCUUUUAGCAUAGAGUUUUGAUAGGGUAUAUAUUUGUCUAAAAAAGCUGUGCUUGGUGACAACAACUGAUCGAUGAUUGCAAUCAAUCAUAUGAGUCAUUGGUCAUUGAUAUUCAAUAUAAUUCAACUGGCAUUGAGUUUUAUCAACUGAUAUCGCUUAUCAUGGAUCGAUUUUACUGCAAAUGGUUGGUGUCAUUAGUCUAUUUACUGGGGCUUUAAGUAGGUGAUAAAGCUUUUAUGUACUAAUACCAUUGGUGUGAACUUUUUAUUGGAAGGUGCUGGUGCCACGUAUUUGAAGAGUCUCUGUGAUGCUUCCACAAGAGCAAAGAAAGGCAAGCGAGUGGCACACAGAAAUCUCAGCAGGAAGCAGAGAAGAAUGAGAGAAGUAGGUUGUCAUAAUGUGUAG